GACGCGCGCGACCGAACGAACGCGCGAACGCGCGAACGCGCGCGCGCGAAGACGGACGGACGCGAACGCGGGGCGUCGACGCGCGCGAUGCAUCUCAGGGCGCUCGCGAUCGACGCGCUCGGACUCGUCGCGCCGCGAUCGGUGGCGAUUCAGGAUUGGCGAUUGCUGAUUUCGUUGCAGGCGCUGCGGGGACUGGUGGCGUUUUACGUGCUGUACUCGCUGAUCAACGGGAAGACGUACCUGCAGCAAGAGGUGCCGCACGGAACGAUAUCGAACAUCGGGACGUCGACGGAGUAUUUCGAUGGACUCGUGGAUAAGCACGCGUUUCACGCGCCGGGCGACGGCGCGACGACGACGGUGACGGCGUCGAACGGGGUCUCGCGAACGUUUGAUUUGAUGCCGUGCAGCGAUGCGACGGCGAUCGACGCGGCGUACAAGUUUAAUCGGUCGUUUGGGUUCGAGUUCGAUCACUUGAUGUGCGCGUUUCUCGACUCGGACGAACUCGUGAGGGAGUUCCCGAGCGGCGGGAUUUUCGUCACGACGCACGUGUACUACAAACUCGUCUACCGAAAUUACCUCUCCGGCGGUUCGGCCGCGACGUGCGCGGCGGAUACCUCGGGUCUCACGGUCGGGAGUAACCCGAUCUUCACGAACGAAGGCGUACCUCUUACGGUCCCUUUGCGGAAAAAGCUCGGCGACGUCUGUUACUACUCCAAGGAGUUUUCGUACCUACCGGUCGCGCCCGAGGCCAUAGAAAUCAGGAUUGAUCACACGUACGACACCGCUUCGGGCGUAAAAGCCGGCACGAAUCCUCCGGUUUACGUUCGACGCGCUGGAAGCGACGUGGACAUCAAGACAUUCGCCGCCGGCGAGUCUGUCCGUCUCACCGUGGAAGAGAUUCUCGAAGCCGUCGGCGUCGAUUUGGACAAGCGUUACGCCGAAAUCGAUUCCGUGAAUGAGUUGUUCGGCCAAGGAGUCGAUGCUGCGAACACUCCAAAAAUCAGGACGGGCGGUAUGCGCGUCAUCGCCAAGAUGCUCUACUACAACUACAACCUCGACGGCAAAAGAAGCGCGACGGGCUCUCACGAACCGUACGCCGUGCUCGAGUUGACUCCUCGCCUGGCGUGGACAACUUUGGGCCAAGACGUCACUCAUCGCGUUCCCAGCGAAGGUGAGCUCGCAGAACCCGUGAGUUUCGGCAGCGGGAACUCGGGACGACCGAAAGAUAAUUACUAUUCCGACUGGGAACGUUACGGUAUUUACGUGGAAGUUUCCUCCGCCGGCAUCAUCGCCACCUUCAACUUGGUGUACUUUGUGAAUGUGCUCGUUUCGGGUCUCGUGCUCUUCGGCGUGUCCCAGAUCCUGUGCAUCCUCAUGGCGACAACGUGCUUUGGCGCGAGAUCGAAGAUGUAUUCUCGCAUGCUGUACGAGCGCACGCACUUUGAACGCAACAUCGCAGCCUACGGCGUUCAAGCAAUCAUCGCCGCUCAAAUAUUCAAGAACAGCGGCAAAACCGACGCGCUCACGGUCGAUGAUCUCACCGACCUACUCGAGUCGGCGUUCUCCCAAUCGAAGGAUGCGGAGAAGGGUGCAAACGUCGUCGUCGAUGCGAAGCGUGCGUUUUCGCGCGACGAGUUGAAGCAAAUGGCGUACUACAUCAUUCGCUCCGGCAACUUUGAAGCGGUCGAGAAAUACACAGAAAAACGCCUUCACCUCGGCGUCGACGAAGUCCACGACAAGACGAUCAACAUGAACGAGUUCAUCGAUCUCGCCACCAGCGGCGCGAUCGACGUCCCGCUCGUCAAGUCUAUAAUCCACUCCAACGGAGUUGGCCAAAUCGAGGACUCGACGCCGUCGCCAGCCGCGGCGGCGUGACCGCCCUCGGCGGCUUGAGAGACAAGGCAUCGUCUCUCGUGUACAUCAUCAGCAGUCGCGCAAGACUCAAGCAAGACUCAAGCAAGACUCAAGCACGACUCAAGCAAGACUCAAGUAUGCGACGCAACGCUCGCGCAGCGAACACUUGUUCA